CGCAGAGCAGCAGAGGAGUCGGGCUGAGUCAAGUUGAGGCGCGUCCAGCGUGGCAAGCGGCAUUCAGUUGGCUCCAGCGUUUCGCCGUCGACGGGUUCGCUCUAUUCCGCUGCGCCCUAAGAGACCUCUGUCCAAGUAUUGUCUCGCUUUUUGGCCAUAAACUCAGCGACGUGACUUUUGGCCAGAAGUGGCAGAACCUGUUUUCCCGCUCUGUGGAUUUUCGGCAGCAGGUUAUCUACCCAGCCACGAACCCUCGUGGUGGAAAACCAUCCAUCCAUCCAAACGAUCCAUCUUCAAACAGAAGCGAAGCUCCCCCUUGCCCCCUUGCCCACUGCCCGCGUCGUAGAGGAGAUAACAGAGAUUCCCGGACACCGGCACGUGACUCGGCCAUGGGUCUGACAGACGACGAGCUACACACCAGCAAUGGCCGCCAGGCACAGAUCGUGUCGGGGCUGGACCGGCCGCUGAAGACGAAGCCACUGGGCGAGCAGCCACGGGCCGUGAGGCGGCAGGCGAUGGCCGUGAUCCUGGCCAAUGUGGGCGUGCUGUCCACGGGCAUGACACUGGCCCUGCCCACGGUCACGCUGGACCAGCUGAAGGAUGUGACGGAGCCGGUGCACUUAAAUGGGACGCAGGCGUCCUGGUUCGCCUCGGUGAACGCCCUGGCCGCACCGCUCGGAGGCCUGCUGUCCGGCGUGCUGCUCGACAAGAUCGGGCGCAAGCGGACGCUGGUCGUGCUGAACAUCCUGACGAUCGUUGCCUGGAUCCUGCUGGCCACCGCCAGCCAAACGGACUCCCACUCCUUCUUCUGGCAGCUCAUCGUCUCCCGCUUCAUCCUGGGCAUUGGCAUGGGCCUGGCCAGCGCCCCGCCUGGCGUGUACGCAGCGGAGAUCAGUGUGCCCCGUACGCGGGGCAGCCUCAUUCUGGGCACCUCCAUCUCGGUGGCCGGUGGCAUUACGAUCCUCUACGGCAUCGGGUACUUCAUCCGCGACGACUUCCGGCUGAUCGCCCUCAUCUGCUGUGGCUACCAGCUGGUGGCCCUGCUCUGCGUCCUGCCCCUGCCCGAGAGCCACUGCUGGCUGCUGGCCAAGAAGCGGGUGGCCGAGGCCAAGAAGUCGCUUAACUACUUCCGAGGCCUAGACAAGUCACCUCACAUUACGCAUCCCCAGGUGCUGGAGGAGUUCCAGGUGCUGCAAAAGUCGCUGCAGCUGCGGGACGCCGAGGAGAAGGCGUCGUUCCUGCGCAGCCUGCGGCUGCCGGAGGUGCACAAGCCGCUGCUCAUCCUGAUGUCCCUGUUCGCCUUCCAGCAGCUGACGGGCAUCUUUGUGGUCAUCGUCUACGCCGUGCAGAUCUCCGAGGAGGCUGGCAUCUCCAUCGAUCCCUUCAUGUGCGCCCUGCUCAUCGGCCUGGCCCGCCUGCUCACCACCUGCCCCAUGGGCUACGUCCUGGAGGCGUGGGGCCGCCGUCGGGCCGGCAUCAUCUCCACUCUGGGCAUGGGCGCCUGCAUGUUCCUGCUGGCCGGCCACAGCUGGAGCUCUCUCCUCCGCGACGUGCCCUACCUGCCCGUCGUCUCCAUCGUGGGCUUCAUUGUGCUGAGCACGCUCGGCCUCUACACGCUGCCCUUCUUCAUGAUCUCGGAGCUCUUUCCGCAGAAGGUGCGUGGCCCGGCCUCGGGCCUCACCGUGGCCGUCGGCAUGUUCAUCUCCUUCCUGUGCCUCAAGACCUUCCCCGACCUGAAGGCGGCCAUCGGCAUGAGCCAGUGCUUCGUGUUCUUCGGCGUCAUGGCCCUCCUGGCCAUGCUCUUCAUCUACUGGGCCCUGCCCGAGACUCGACGCCGCACGCUGCUCGAGAUCGAGGAGCAGUUCCGCUCCGGUAAGCGUCGAGCCCCCGCCGAGGUCGAGAUGCAGGAGGUCUUUGUCCGCAAGCCGGAACAGUGAUGCUCCAGAGGGAAAAGCUAACCCUAAGUAGAUCAACUCAAGUGCUUAGUACUGUGAUAAACCACAAAUACACAAUCCAAACAUUUGCACACAACUCAACCUAAGGAAC